GGGACACGUAAACUAGGAAGUAAGAAUCCUGUUUCUGCGUGAUCAGGCAGAGGACAAUGAUCAGCGAACUACAGAGUGAGUGUGACAGCAAUAACUUCAUCUUUUCUGUUCUACUCAUUAACGGGAGUUUAACAAUUCCUAAAAGAUUACUAAAAGAACAUUCCUUAGCUGUCCAUUUCUCCUGUCACUACUAUACAGACCUGUGUUUAGAACAUUUUAGUCAGGAAAGGGUGUAAGAACGGUCAUACUAUUUGUGAUGAUGUAAUAAUGUACUUUUUCCCACGGGUACUAGUAAUUUAUAUAAAGUACAGAAACUGAUUAAUCACAUAAAAGGGGUUCUUCAGUUUCUGUCUUUAUAUACUGAUUUGGGUUAUUUUUCUCGUAUUAGUCUCUCUUGUCUUCCUGUAAUUUAAUACUGUCUUUCUGGCUGUCACAUACAUUUGUUUUGUGCUCCCACUAUCAUAUUUAUAUCCCACCAUUCUCAGUGUCUUGAGAUUUGCAAACCCGCUUGCUGGACUUACAUUUUCUAACCUCAAAUAUCAAUUAUGUUCUUAAGUGUAUUCAACCAUUUAUUACAGAUUUUUCUAACCCUUCUCAUCUCCAAAAAAUGAGGAAUCACAAAUACUCAGUGCAUCAGCUUUAGGGUAAUGUCUAGCUAGAAGUUAUUACACUUUAAUAAAGAACCUUAUAAGAUUAAAGGUGCACAAUAUGCUACAGGUUUUUCCAUUUCAUUUAGCCAAGAUUGUGUCCAUACAAUUCCGUAGAGAGCAAAGAGCACAAUCUCCGAAUGUAAGGUUUGUCAGAUGCACUGCUCAUUCUAGUACAAGGUAAUUGUGAAGGCCAAUUCAGCCCUCAAACCAUUGCAUUACAGAAUGCUGUUAGUAUUCUUCCCUUUAUAACAGAACGCUGUUACUACUGUUCCUUCUAUUACAGAACACUUGUUACUACUGUUUCACAUUCAUUUAUUGAAAGUGAAAUGUUGUUUUGAAAAAAAAAGGAAAAAAAAGUAAUUUUUUUAAAAAGAAAAAAGAAAUAAAUCAGAAUACUUGAUACAUUCUGCAAAUAUAUAAUUUGAUUUCUUAUGAACUUUGAUCCUAGCUGCUGAUGACACAUCUGUGGGAAAUAUUAACUAUUUCACCACUGCAAGCACUUAAAUUAAAGUGCACUUGCUAUGUAAUGUAAUGAAACAAUUCAUACAAGUGCUAUUCAUAUUGAUGGAUAACAUACAGGUACAAUUUCAUUCUUUGACAUCUUCUCUAUCACGUAUAGAUACAUACUACAAAUAUGAAUGGCACUGUUAAUACCGCAUGUUACUCACUGUGGGAUAACAUUGUAAGAUACGAUAGCCACAAAUGGUAGAAUACGUCAGGUAAAUUUAACACAUUUAGUUGAAAUUGUAAAUACAAAUUUUCACUUAAAACGUGUAUGUCGAGUUUUAUAUUUUUAUAGCUAGUCUAUAGCUUUCAUUUGGAAUUUUUUAGAUGAAAUGUUCAAGGGAGGUAUACACAAUAAGGCCAACAGACUGCCCAGGAAUAAUUUAAAUGUGGGCAAUUUUAUGAUGGUUUAUUAGUCAUCAGUGAAUAUACAGCAAAUUGAACGUAUAUAUAUAUAUAUAUAUAUAUAUAUAUAUAUAUAUAUAUACAGUACAAGCAGUCCAAGGACACAGAGGAGGUGGCACAUGAUCUUUGGGCCCAACAGAACUCACUUAAAUAUGUGCAGGUGCAGCUCAUCAAUAUACAAGUGGACUUUCCCAGAGAAAAGCAGAUCUGGAGGAUAAAAGCCAAAGCAAGAAUCUCGAAAUGAGAUGCAUCUUUGAGCAGAAUUACUUAACUUUCUUCCACAAUGCAACUUCAAAGGGAUUGUACCUCUAGAAACAGACCAACAAUGGAUGGCUGCUACUGCAUUAACAGACCUACUAGGGCCCUCAAAUCUACUUAGUGAGACGUCAGAGCGUUGCCACGGGUUACCGUGGCAAUGCUCAGCGCGGCAGUCACACCGCAAGACUUACAGUGGGAGCUGACCAGACCGGAGGAGAGAGAAGGGAGCUGACAGGAGCUGCAGGAAAGUUAAGUAACAGCUCUCUGCCAGACCCCCUCCUACACAGCCCAUCCACUGGACCACCAGGGAAUGAGAGCCCCCCUCCCUGGCCAGCUAACAAGCAGGGAGGGGGGACAAAAAAAAUAUAAAUAAUAAUUUAAAUAAUAAAAUAAAAUUAAUAAUAUAAAAAAUAUUAAUAAAAUAUUAAUAAUAUAACAACAACAAAAUAUUAAAAUAAUAAUAAUUAAAAAAAUUAAAUAAAAAUGCCCACCCCCCACCAAGUCUCUGCAUCACAUACACAAACACACUCUGCAUCACACACACACACUGCACUCAUACAAACACACUGCAUUAUAUACACACACACUGCAUUCAUUAUAUACACACACUGUAAAUACAUAUUCAAUUAAUAUAAUUUUAUUGGGAUCUAAUUUUAUUUAGAAAUUUACCAGUAGCUGCUGCAUUUCCCACCCUAGUGUUAUACUCGUGUCAAUAUGUUUUCCCAGUUUUUUGGGUUAAAAUUAGGGGUCUCGACUUAUAUUCGGGUCGACUUAUACUCAUUAGUCAUUUUAAAUAGAAAUACACAUAAAAGAUAUAUGUAGCACUGAAGAUGGAUAUUUAUUAUGUGAUAUAGAUGUGGGCAUGUCUCCCCAAGAAGGGGAGAUAUUUGAUUGAAUGUAAUUUAAAUAUUCAACUCCUAAUCAAAUUAAAAAAAAACAACCCUUAUAGCUUCACAUUGGAAGUCUACAAUUUUUCACUCCAUGUAAGAACUGCAUUUCAAGCCUUUAUAUAAAUCCAUGUCUUGAUCACUCCAAACAAAAAAGAAACUACAAUAAACAAAAACCUAAAACAUAUGGUUCUAUUUGAAAACAAUUCAAAAACUAUAUUAGAUACUUCAUGAAAGGUUAUGCACUGUGACUAACAUUACACUGCCAGACAAUACUUUGUGUAGGCGUCACAUUUAUUGGGAAACAUUCACUAAAUGACUUAGUAGGUUAGAGUGAUUUCAUUCCUAUUUCUAAAAAGCUUGUCUUCAAGUUACAAGAGCCUCUACAUACCGUUGCACAUGGUUUCUCAUCGAUGGUCACAGGUGCAAUCUGAAAUUAGAAACAGAAAAUAAAUCAGUAAGUCAGAGCUAAAAAGUUCAAAAAUAUUCUUCUUUGUUAAAUGUAUUGAUUUUCUUUUUUUCCACUGUCUGAAUGCUGAGGAACAUUCACUUAUGGAGGGUUUUGUCUGAUUCCUCGCAGUAAAACCUCUACAUGAAUAAAAAUACUGUACAUAACAGGUCAUUAAAUAAAAAAGUAAACUUUGAUGGAAUUUCCUGUGUGUGAAUUUGAGGAUUCUAAAUGUGAUAGGCAGUUUUGUCAGUGACUGCAUGCAGGCAGGCCAGAUUUUACGGUACUCACACAUACUAUGGGCCUGGGUUGGCUACAUUAAUUAAUUCAUACGUACAACUAUUCCUUAAACCAGGGAUGUAGAGCCAGAACACAAACCAUUCGACUUCAUCUCCUCAAUUUUGGUACCACUGACUCCUUACAUUAUAUAUAAUUAGAUUAUAAUUACCGUAUCUACUGUAUAUGCCAGCAUAAAAGUUAACAUUGUAAGCAUAACUAAAGCUCCGAAAAAUUAGCCAGACUCAGACUCCACAUUACAUUCCUGAUGCCAUUACUUAUUGCGUUAUUCCAGGCACCAAUACAACUUUAAAUAACUUGAUAGAUUUAGGCCUCAGUAAUAUGUUAUAUAUAUAUAUAUAUAUAUAUAUAUAACAUUUGCCAUAUAAAAUAUGCCAAAUGUUAUAUAUAUAUAUAUAUAUAUAUAUAUAUAUAUAACAUAUUACAUAAGACUGUUACACCAAUUUCUUUUAAUUUUUAAAGAUAUUUUGUGAACAGUCCCAUUAUGAUUCAACACCAGGGAACUGGGUGCCAUCCAGCGAUAUUUCACUGAAUCUGACCACAGUUGGAGAGUGAGACAAUCGCCACUGUAGAGUGGACCUUAUUAGGUCUUGAUAAAAAGUGAGGAUGGAUUUUUCAAAACAUAUGUCUUGCCCUGUAAUGUUGACAAGAUGCCUCUUGUCUUGUGAGGAUGAACAGCGGAUAAUAAUGUUCCGGACCACAGAGGAUAGACUGAUCACAUCAAUAGUAAGUUUCCUAGCCAAGCUUGGAGUUAAGAAUAAUGCCAAAAUGCGCUGCAUUUAAUGAGAAAUCUCCUCCAUAGUGAUGGUGUCUGAUAUGCCUCUUAUUUUGAGAUGAUUCCUCCUGGAUCAUCCAGAGCAAUAAGUUGGACUGAUAACAUGUGCUGAAUAGAGUCUCUCAAGGAAGACAGUGUUUCAAGAAAAUUAUAUCCUCCUCGGAGGCACGCACCCUGUCUGUGACCCCUUGCACAUCACCUUUCAUUACUGCCAUGGUUGCCGCCAACAGCUUUUCUUCAGGUGGAUUAUUGCGGGUGGCAUGGUAGUGUAACGGAGGCCUCAGGGUCUUCUGUAGUAGCCACCCUGGGCUGUGCUUGUCGCUGAGUAAGAGCUCCAAUGUCGCUUGUCUCAGUGGGCAUGACACCUGGUAGGUUUUGGAACUAUGGCCCCAAAACUGAGGCUCCUGCAGCAGAUGUAGGUGGAUGCGGUGGCAGAUUAAGGCAUACUAUCAGGCAAGGAACCACCGAGUAGCUCCUCCAGUCCAAAGCCGUAAGGUAGAUGGUAGGCCCCAGGUCUGCGUUUCUGCCAUUUCAUCUUUGGUGUGAGAAAGAACGAUGUGAAUUGACUCAGUGGGAUGCCUAGAGGUGAGUACAGACUUAAUACUGUAUUGAUGAAUGAAUGGGAUUGUGAUAUUCAUAGAAUUGGCUAAUUUCUGCAAGAGCUAUACAAUAUAGUGUCCACUCCAUCUCAAUGGCAAGCUCCACCACCUCAAAGCUACUUUUUGCACAAAAAUAACAUAAGCCUGCCUCCUUAGACAUACCCCCUCAUGACAUAAAGACUUCCUUAUCAAAUGUAUGCACAAAGUCCCUACAGCAUUCAGUGAACUGCUUUUAAUUCACAACCUGGCUGCAGACUUUCAGAGAAAUUAUGAAUGUAGAUUGAUACUUCAGAUCAUUCAGUAUAGUCAGUGGCUGGCACAAAUCUGAUGUGCAUUAUCAGGCAUUUGAUCUAUAAACAAAAUGAAACAUUAGUGCUAAAAAUUACCCUGCUAUUCUCUAGUUUAAUAAUCCAUGUGGAACAAUCAAUUUCUAAAAUCUUUUUUUCAGCCCCAAAAAAGGCCAAAUAAAAAUCCAUAAAUCCUGUCAAACUAAUAAAAUUAAAAAAGACCCAAUCGCAAAAAAAUAAACAAAAAAAACACUCAGAAAAUAAAUAAAUCCUGACAAUAAAAAUGAAUCUUUCUUCAACCGGCAGGGGCUCCACACAGAAUGAGCUCCGCAGGGUGGGGAAAGACUUAUAAAGCCUUUCCACGCCCCGCAAUUUGACUCUGAGCUCUAAAGCAACCCAAUCAGAGUGCUCAGACAGGUAAACCUCAAGCCUUGCAGGUAACCAAUAAGGUAAGACUCAAGAUUUACCUGUGAGAGCACUCUGAUUGGUUGACUUAAGCCAAACAACCAGAGCGCUUUGAGUCAAAUUGCAUGGCGUGGGUAGGCUUUAUAAGUAUUUCCAUUACCUGCGGAGCUUUGUGUGCACGGAGCCCUCGCUGGGUGAAGAUGGAUUAAUUUUUAUUGUCUGGAUUUUAUUUUAUUUUCAGGUGUUUUUUUUUGGGGGGGGGUCAGGGGGAGGGCGAUUGGGUCUUCUUUUAAAUUGUAUUAGUUCAAUAGGAUUUAUGGAUUUUUGGGGGUUGAAAAAAUAAGAUUUUUAGGAAAAAGAAAACAUUUAAUUUCUAUUCAUUCAUCUUUCUGAUGAAUGAACAACUAGCCAAAAUUCACAUCCGAAUUUUGUACAAUAGCAAAUGCCCAAGUGUUAAACUGGGCAUGAGCAAGAAUUUCACAGCGCUAUCUAGUGUGGGCAGAUGACGUGUCCCAAAGGGCCUUCAUCUGUCCACACAGAAACAGGUGAAAGUAGCCUGACUAAUGACUAUAAGGAACAUGUAGUAGCAAGUCGGCUGUGGUGUGCCAUAACCAAUGAACAUGGUAGGCCUGAAGAAAAGUACCUAAACUCGUAACUACAUAAAUUAGCAAAGCCCUCUAAUGAUUAAGCAUACUUGUACCUUGAUUGAUACAGCAAAUGUACAUACCACCAAAACUUCCCAGGUUAGAAAGAUAGCAUCAGGAACUUAAAGAUGCAAUUAACUGAUAAAUUGGGUAAAAUAAUACCAGUAACCUAGUGCGAAAUGCAGAAAACAUGAAACUAUGUUUCUGGCAGGCUUAUACAAUUAGCUGGUCAUAAAACCUUGCCCAUCUGAAUACCAUUGUUGAGUCAGGUGUGUAUAUAUUUAUUUAUUUAUUAAUUAAUUUUUUUGUUUGUUAUUCUUUAACCUUGCUUUCUUUUAACACUGACAGUUCUCUCUCUGCUCAUUUACAGAGUUCGGUGCUGGUUUAGCAGGAUUUGGGAUUUUUUUCCUCAUCUUUGGGGUACUGUUAUACUUUGAUAGAGUGCUUCUGGCCUUUGGAAAUGUAAGCACUUAGUGUAAAAUUUAUGUUGCUGUUGUAUGGAAAACAAGACAUUGUAUUUACACAGCCAGUCACCAUGUCCCCUACUUUAUCCCUUGUAGGUCCUGUUUCUGUUUGGUCUGGCACUAAUUAUUGGCCUCAGAAGGACAUUUAGCUUCUUCUUCCAGCGACAAAAGUUAAGGGGUAGCUCGUUCUUUUUAGGUGGGGCACUGCUGGUCCUGCUACGCUGGCCUCUGAUUGGAAUGCUGUGUGAGUUCUAUGGCUUCAUUAGCCUAUUCAGGUAACUAUACAAACUAAGCAGUGUCAAGUCAAUUGAUCUAUUAAAAUGUUAUGCUGCAGAAGAUCUGACCAAAACUAAGCAUGGUCAAGUCAACUGAUCUAUCCAAGUUUAUGAUGAAGACCUGACCAAUGGCUUCUAAUGCCUCUUAAAAUACAAUUUCUUCGUUCUCUCGUCUCUCCAUAACCAUUCAUAUUCCAGCUAGCUCUCUUCCUUAGUUUCCCAGCUCGACCAUGUCCCCAGUCUCUCGACAUGGAUAGUUCAUAUCCACAGAGAACACCAAUAUUUUCAAAUGACAACCUAAUUUUACUAUUUCUCCCUUGUUACAAUAGUAAUACAAUGUGCUUACACCCUAAUAAAUUCCUGCCAAUUUCCAGUUUAGCUUUUAAAUAGCAGUUCAACAAAGGGUUGAGAAUAAGUGAGAGAAAUGAAAACAGGGCAUUUCAAACUUUAAAGGACACUCCUGGCAACAAAUGGACAUAUAUGUUACAAAUGAGCAAUUGUCUGCAGAUGCCAGUGAUCACCAGUACUUAAAUGUUCAUGGCUACUCCUGGAUGAAAAAGAUUGUAUACAGACAACUUAAUAUGGCUCAAAUUAUCCAUGGCAUCCCACAAUCAGUUCACUAACCUCUUACCGCUAUAUAUGGUGUGAAGCAACAGAAGGGAGACAAUCUAUAGCAGAGGCAAAUGUAUGUUUUUCCUAUUUUUGGCAAAAUAAAUGCAAUUAUUUUGUCAAUUACCCACAACUACUGAUAUAACUGAUCAACCUUUAUGAAUGUUACUAUAUUUCCUUUUCUUUUUCAUUCAGAGGGUUCUUUCCAGUGGUAUUUGGCUUUUUGGCUUCACUAGGGAACAUUCCACUGCUCACCAUGGUAAGUACCAAUAUGUUUCUAAACGAAAAAAAAAAAAAUAUGUAUACGUUUAUAAAAAUAAUUUCUUCUUGCUUGUUCAAUGAUAAAAAAUGUCAAGAAUGUAAGCUCUUUGAGCAGGGCCCUUCACCUCUGUUCCUGUACGUCCAGUUGUCUGGUUACAAUUACAUGUCAGUUAGUCCACCUGUACAGCGCUACAGAAUCUGAUGGCGCUAUAUAAAUAAUAAAAUGAUAAUAAAGAAAAUAUUUUACAGCUCAUCCCACAACAAAUUAGAUAAAUGUACACUCAUACACCAAACAGCCAUCACGUGGCUCCAUAUGACAGGCAAAACAGAAGAAAAACCACGUUCAACACAUCCUACAUUGGUCAAUGAAAGAUAGUCAGAUGUCUAAAAGAGGCUAAGGAUAACUUAUGAAAUUUGGUGGUUUCAAAAACUCACUUUGAAUAACUUAGUGAGAGCACAACCACUUUAUCUCCCUAAUCCAUAAAGCAAACAAAUGUUUUGACACUAGCAACUUCCAUAAAGAGGGAGUGUGAAAAUUUAACAAUCUACUUAGUCCAAAGGACUAAAGCGGUAGCCCAGUCUACUUGUCUAACAUGGUAAUCUGCUUGUCCUGACCAGGGCCGGACUGGGAAUUAAAAGCAGCCCUGGAAAAAAAUAUUUACCAGCCCCAUAAUGCGUUGCGCCAGCAUAGUGUGCAGAUACAGAGUUAGAAAAGAGAACUUAAAAUUAAAAAUUAUUACUCCAACGUAAAGAAAAGCACUCAUAGGCUUCAAAAUAAACAAAAGUGCUGAUUUAUUUUAAGCAGAUGUGCCUUUGCAUGUAAUCAAUGUUUCAGUCCAACUACCUUGACAUAUUAAGGAAAGCUUGGUAAUGAGACUGAAAUGGUGAAUGUAUGUAGGGCACAACUGUAAAAAAUUGACGCUAUCUUGUUUAUUUUGAAGUCCUGUGGGUGUGCCCUUCACUUUAAAUAUGUUAUUGUGCUGGAGCAUGCACCUAGCAACAAGACUGGGCCAAUAUCUGCUCAUUAAAUAUAGUACAUAUUAAUGACAUUUCUCUGUGUAUUAUGCAUAUAUAAAUGUACAUUAAUAUAUGUGUAAAUAUAAUAGGCAUAAUUAUAUAUAUAUAUAUCUAUCUAUCUAUCUAAUACACACAUUAAUAUACAUGUCGUAUACCAGUGGUGGAUCCAGAGCCUGAUCCCGGGAGGGGCACUUUUAGAAUAUUUAAAGAAAAAAAAUCCAUGCACAAUAACCACUACUGCUCUGUGUAGUGGUUAUGGUGCAAGGAGUGCCAGGACAGCCUCCCAGAGUAAGUAGUCAAACCGUUUAAGAACAGUUACCUGGGGUCUGUUGGGAUAUGGGGCUGUAGUAGGGUUUAGGAGCAAACAGUGGUGCAAUGUGUGAGGGGUGCAGUGUGUGUGAAAGGUUCGGUGUAUGUGUGUGUGUGGGGGUGUAGAGUGUGAAUGUGUAGGGUGUGUGGGGCAAUGUGUGUAUGGGGGGCUGUGUAUGUGUGUGUGUGCAGAAAUGUGUGUAUGGGGGGCUGUGUAUGUGUGUGGGGGGCAAUGUGUGCAUGGGGACAGUGUGUAAAUGCGUAUGGUGUGUGUGUGGGGGCAAUGUGUGUAUGGGGGGGGCAGUGUGUGAAUGUGUAUGGUGUGUAUGGGGCUAGAGUUCACUCUCAACACUGCGACCACCACGAAUUCAUGGUGGUCGCAGUGGUGAGAGUGAACUCUAGUCCUUAGCUCCAGGGUUAGAGUUCACUCUCGUGAGAGCUGGAGCGUUGCCGUGGUUACUCUGUGCUCGCGAGGAGAUCGGCUGGCAGGGGAGAGCCUUCUAGGGGGGAGGAAUUGCCCUGUUGCGUCCCCCCCCCAGAUCCACUGGUGAUAUAUACAGCCCCUAUGUGUGUCUCUUUAUCUCCAGCCCCUCUGUGUGCCUUUUUUGUCUCCCCACAGUCACUCUGUAUGUUUCUUUCUUCCCCUCACUGCUCCUCUGUGUCCAUGUCUCCCCUCUCCUUCCCAGUCUCUCUUCCCCCUCUGCCUCUUUCUCCUCCUUCCCUUGUGUCUCUCUCUCCUUCCCCCUCUGCCUCUUUCUCCCCCUCCCCUUGUGUCUCUCUCCUUUCUCCCUCUGUCUCUCUCUUCCCCACAUCUCUCUUCCCCUCUGUCUCUUUCUCCCCCCUUUCCCUGUGUCUGUCUCUAUCUCCCACAUCUCUCUUCCCCUCUGUCUCUUUCUCCCCCCUUUCUCUGUCUCUCUCUCUCUCUCCCCCACAUCUCUCUUCCCCUGUCUCUUUUUCCUCCCUCCACCAUCUCUUUAUUCCCCCUUUUUCUCCCUCUGUGUCUCACUCUUCCCCGUCUGUCUCUUUCUCCCUCUUCUCCCUGUGUCUAUUCCCUGUGUCUAUUCCCCCUCUGUUUUAUUUUCCCCCUCUCCUUGUGUCUCUUUAUUCCCCGUCUUCCCCCUCCCAUUUACCUGAGAGAAGUCAGGGGGGCCGGCCGCAUUCCACGCUGGAACCGCCGGGCUGUGUGGCAGCCUCACCGGUCCGGUGGCACUCCUGUCACUAAUGCUGAGGAGUGAGGACUGAAGGAGGAGCAUGUCUCUCUACCAUGCUCCUUUGCGGUUCCCAUAAUUCCCAGUUUAGUUAAAUUCCCCACUGGGAAUUGUGGGAACCGCUAGGGAGCAUGGUAGAGAGACAUGCUCCUCCCUCCUCCUUCAGUCCUCAUUCCUCAGCAUUAGUGACAGGAGUGCCGCCGGACCGGCAAGGCUGCCACCUGGCCCGGCGGUUUCAGCGUGGAAUGCGGCCGCCGGCCCCCUCAGAGUGUGUGCCAUCAAACCGGCCACCCAGUGGCACAUACAUGCUCAGCGCAGCCCUCAGAUGCCGCGGCCCACCGGGAAAUUGACAGGGUUAUUAAAGGACCACUAUAGGCACCCAGACCACUUCAGCUCAAUUAAGUUUGCUUAUCACAAGAAGCAUUGCCUGAUGUGAAUGAUGCCUCGCACAAAAGAGCUCUCAGAAGACCUACGAUUAAGAAUUGUUGACUUGCAUAAAGCUGGAAAGGGUUAUAAAAGUAUCUCCAAAUGCCUUCAUGUUCAUCAGUCCACGGUAAGACAAAUUGUCUAUAAAUGGAGAAAGUUCAGCACUGCUGCUACUCUCCCUAGGAGUGGCCAUCCUGUAAAGAUGACUGCAAGAGCACAGCGCAGACUGCUCAAUAAGGUGAAGAAGAAUCCUAGAGUGUCAGCAAAAAGACUUACAAAAGUCACUGGCAAAUGCUAACAUCCCUGUUAGCGAAUCUACAAUACGUAAAACACUAAACAAGAAUGGAUUUCAUGGGAGGAUACCACAGAGGAAGCCACUGCUGUCCAAACAAAACAUUGCUGCACGUUUGCAGUUUGCUCAAGAUUACCUGGAUGUUCCACAGCAGUACUGGCAAAAUAUUCUGUGGACAGAUGAAACCAAAGUUGAGUUGUUUGGAAGAAACACACAACACUAUGUCUGGCGAAAAAAAGGCACAGCACACCAACAUCAAAACCUCAUCCCAACUGUGAAGUAUGGUGGUGGGGGCAUCAUGGUUUGGGGCUGCUUUGCUGCGUCAGGGCCUGGACGGAUUGCUAUCAUCGAAGGAAAAAUGAAUUCCCAAGUUUAUCAAGACAUUUUGCAGGAGAACUUAAGGCCAUCUGUCUACCAGCAGAAGCUCAACAGAAGAUGGGUGUUGUAACAGGACAAUGACCCAAAGCAUAGAAGUAAAUCAACAACAGAAUGGCUUAAACAGAAGAAAAUACGCCUUCUGAAGUGGCCCAGUCAGAGUCCUGACCUCAACCCGAUUGAGAUGCUGUGGCAUGACCUCAAGAAAGCGAUUCACACCAGACAUCCCAAGAAUAUUGCUGAACCCUGAAACAGUUCUGUAAAGAGGAAUAGUCAAGAAUUACUCCUGACCGUUGUGCACGUCUGAUCUGCAACUACAGGAAACGUUUAGUUGAAGUUAUUGCUGCCAAAGGAGGUUCAACCAGUUAUUAAAUCCAAGGGUUCACAUACUUUUUCCACCUGCACUGUGAAUGUUUACAUGGUGUGUUCAAUAAAAACAUGGCAACAUUUCAUUCUUUGUGUGUUAUUAGUUUAAGCAGACUGUCAUUGUCUAUUGUUGUGACUUGAAAUGUGAUCUGAUCAUCAUAUAUGUCCAAUUUGUGCAGAAAUCUAUAUCAGUCCAAAGGGUUCACAUACUUUUUCUUGCAAGUGUAGAUAUAGAUAAAAAUAGAUAGAUAGAUAGAAAUAAAUAGAUAGAAAGAAAUAGAUACAUAGAGAUAUAUAUAGAUAAAAAUAGAUAGAUAGAUAGAGAUAGAAAGAAAUAGAUAUAGAUAGAAAGAAAUAGAUAUAGAUAGAAAGAAAUACAUAGAUAGAUAUAGAUAGAUAGAAAGAAAUAGAUACAUAGAUAUAGAUAGAUAAAGAUAGAUAGAAAUAUAUAUGGAUAGAUAUAUAGAUAAAAAUAGAUAGAUAGAUAGGCUUGGCCUGUAAUUGCGGUACAUUAUUCCCUAUAUAAAGCGCAGUAAGGCCCAGUUUACCUGUCAUCGACGUUACCGGAAGUGCUUCGAUCUACUUCCGGUUCACGUGAUCCAGACGCGGCAGUGGCUGACAGCGAGAAAGUUACUCCAAAUCGAGUUCCGGCCGUUAUCGGGUGCCUAACCGCUCCACGAGGCUGUCUCCCCGGGUAAACAGUGAGUUGUCUCACUGGCGCUUCCAACCCCACGUGUACCACUAAAUAGGGAACCCCUUCGUCCCUCAGGCUCCCCGGCAACGAGCUAUAUACAAAUGGGCCCCCCCACGUAUUCACAGGGUGCACGGCGUAUAAAGGGUCCCCUUUGAUACUUGCCGCAUACCGGCUUCAUGGUACCGAUCAAACGCUUCAAUACACGAAACCCUAUACUUACGUGCGGGACUUGUUCAUGGUCAUCUUCCUAUUCCGGGCAGCAUUCGGCUAUUUCAUUCUUAGCACUGCUUUUCCCCGCAUAUAGGCUGGUUUUAACUUUUAGUAUGCCAAUUAGUCAGUAUGUAUGGCUAAAUGUCGCCACCUUGUGGCUUUGUUCAAUAUUGAUUGGUAACAUUUAUUAAAUGUACGGCUAGCUUUCAUUUACUUUGCAAUUGUACUUUCAAUGCUCUAUUAGUUAAUUACAGAUGGGUUAUAAACUGUCAAUUAUUUUAACCGGCUGGUGAUUCGCUCGCAUCAGUGGUUGUUUUCCGAUUAUGCUACGCUAGUAUUAAAUAGUUCAUUAUAAAUUCUUUACUUUAUUCAUUAGUUAUUAUAUAGGUUAUAUUAUGCUCAACUCGGUCUUGUCAUGACGUUAUUUUCUCGCCUGCCGGCAGUCCGUUUUCAAACUCUCUCAAGCAUUAUACUCUGGUUGUUAAAUAAAUAUUCUUUAGGUUUCAAAAAAUAAAUAAAUAACGCUUGAUUACAGUAAAUUCUACAACCAUUACAAACUAUUCUUACUUAUUCAGCAUUAGGACUAUAAAUAUUCUGUUUAUCUCUGCUAAUGCAUAAUCCUCCGUUUACCUUACACAUGCCGCCGCAAUUCGUGCUAUCAAGCAUUUUGUGUUAAACAUUCACCUACUCAGGGGAUUAUUAGGUGUCCAUUCACAUAAAUUCGGUUAAUUAACCCCUUUCGUUACAUUUAUACACUUCAUAACAGCUUUUCGGUUGUUUUACACAAAACACAGUACAAAGCUCUGUUCGUGCUAACUGCCAUUUUCGUGGGGUAUAGACAGUCGUUGGUUCAAGCUGGCAUUUAACUCACAUAUUGCAGUAAUUAAUCUCUGUUAAAUUAAGAUUCACAUGCUGUCAUUUUCAUUUUACUACGAUGGUUCCAUUUAGUUAAAACAUAUAUAUUGUCAAUUAUAGGCUGAGUAGCCUGGUUGAUUUUGGCUUUGUCGCCACCUCAUGGUUUGACAAGCUUGAGCGGCUAAAUUCAGUUAAUAGGCUUAUUAUAUGUGUGUAUAUAUAUAUAUAUAUAUGUAUUUAUAUAUAGGUUCUUUACUCUGUACCUUCAUCUAGGGUACUUUAAGUGUCAAUAAUUAACUACGGACAGUUAUUCACGGUCUCGUGCAUUUCUUGUUACGAACUACACUGUUCAAUAUUGUUUAAAUAAAAUUGUUUCAUAUGUCACUCGCCAAAUCUUCUUAAUUAUUUUCCACGCAUACGGUUAGUAUAUAACCUUUUGGUUGGAGGGGCAAAUUUUCUACAGCUGCUCCCAGGCAUUAGGUUGUAAUCGAAAUUUGUGACAUAUUUUAGGUUCAAGUAAGGAUUAUUCUAUCCACUUCAGUAUACGUCAGUCAAGUAAUUUAUCAGGUAUGUAAACCGGUCAAACCCAGUCAAGGUUACGAGUAGGUUUAAGCGCUCGCCAAGUUAGGUAAAGUCCCAUAGGCCUCUUCGCCUAGCAGUCAAGUGGUCCCGCAAGGCAUACUAUCAACCAUUACGUUCAGAGGUUCAUGCCCAAUCGUCCCAAUUCAUAGUUAGGGCCUCACCCGUCACGGCCAAUCGUUAUUACACUCUGUUACGUGUCACCGAGAGGCCAACACCCCGCCACCCACCUCAGUGGCACAAAGGCCCCACGAGCCAAAUCAUAAGUAGAGAAUCUCAUAGCCACUUGGCAAGUAGUCAGGGCUUCACCUGUCACCAACCUAAGCUAGUUAAUACAAUUUUGCCAGUAGGCACUAGCCUAGUAAGCUGGGUCACUACCGAUCUAUACGGUACCAUACUAACCUUAUCCAUCUGCCUCACUUCCGUAGCAUGUCUAACGAUUCUACACAAGGAGAUGAUUUGUCGGUGGCCAGCACCCCACUCAGAUCAGGCUCACAGAGACGAACCAAUCCACCAAGUCCAGCUUCCAGCUAUCGUUUCUGGACUAUCCCUAAGAUCACCUCAGAACUUAAAAAGAGGAAUAUUCCUUUCCCGGCUACAGCCAGGAAAGCCAAACUGUUUAGGUUGUUAAAUAUUACUGAAGACAACGAAAGGCCAGGCCCUAGUUCUGAUUUCAAUGUGCACAAUAGCCUUGCAGAAUUACACACCAUGAUGGCCUCCCUUGUUUCCUCAGUAGCAACUAUUAACAAUAGAUUGGAUAAUCUGGAGUCAAACAAUAUCAAAACCGUUCCAGAGAUUCCAGUGCCCGUUACUCAGCCCACACCUAACUCAGGAGGUAAAGAUAACCCUCUACCAGCAAAUAGAGCUACAAAUAUCAUAAACCCCAUUCAUCUCAUUCCUCAGUCUCUAAGACGGGACAUUAUAGAGGGGAAGGACAUAAACUUGGCAUCACUACUGAUUGCAUCUCAAGACGUGGUAGAAAACAGGGCCUAUACCUUCGAGGAUCUGUCAGUAGUGAUGAAGUCUAGAGAUCCUAGACUAAAUAGGAAACUCAACAUCCCCGAAUUUGUCCUCGCAUUCGGGUUGUACAGAGAUGUGAUCUGUACAGCUUUCCCACUCCGUAGAGAGGAACUUGACUUAUACCUUCAUAAAGUGGAUGAGUUAGCAUACAAGUACGGCGGCUAUGCAUUUUAUGAUUAUCAUAAGUCAUUUGCUUCCAGAUCCGCAGCAUCACUCUCCCAGUACAAUACGAUUACUGAUUGGGCACAGCUAGAGACAGAGUUGUUUCUGAUGCAUUUUGCAGGCUUUAAAACCCCUUCCUGCGCUAUAUGCUCUUCUGCUGCUCAUUCAGUAAAUGUCUGUCCUGAAAACGUAGCGUCCCCUUCUACCAGUAGCGCCAAUACUGGUUACGAUUCCAACACAACACAGAGGGAAGUGAGAGACAAACUAGGCAGGCCUAUUGUUUUUCUAGGUAAAGCACAAGUCUGCAACAAUUUUAAUACAGGUGGUUGCAGUUAUAGUGCUUGUAGGCUGUUGCACGUGUGCUCAAUGUGUUUUAGAGCACAUGCCAAAACUUUGUGCCCCAACAGAUUGUACCCUAACAAAUCUUCCACAUCAAUAAACGUACCUUAGUUGCAACGCUACCUGUCUAAUCAUCCUUCUGUUAAUUUGGUGGAAUUUCUCACGGCGGGUUUAACUAAUGGGUUCCACACAGGGUUUGUGUCACUCCCCACAGGGAUUUUAGAAUGCCCCAACUUACAGUUGGCAUUCACGGAUCCAGACAGCAUAAGCGAACUAUUACAGAAAGAAAUCACCAAUGGUUUUAUGAUAGGCCCUUUCUCUACUCCUCCUUUCACUUCCUGGAGGACAAACCCACUAGGAAUCACCACAGGGAAAUAUAACAAUAAAAAGCGACUGAUUAUUGACUUCUCGGCACCACACUCAUCGCCUACACCUAGCCUUAAUGCUCUGAUCCCGUCAGAUGACUUUUCCCUGCAAUACGCCAGAAUUGACGAUGCCAUCCAAGCAAUCAUUCAUGCCGGGAAGGCUGCUUGGUUAAGUAAAUCUGACAUCACAAACGCCUUUAAACUGCUUCCCAUCCACCAGUCACUCUGGCAUCUACAUGGAGUUACGUGGGAAGGAAGCUACUAUUUCGCUACAAGACUGACCUUCGGAUCCAAAAGUAGCCCUAAGUUAUUUGAUAUAUUUGCCGAAACUUUAACCUGGCUCCUACCGAACUCUUGCAGAUAUCCAGUAGUCAUACAUUACCUAGACGACUUCCUCACCAUUGAACCUCACCAACACACACCCCACAGCCUUAAUCACAUGCUCACUCUUUUCAAAGACUUAGGAGUCCCUGUAGCACAAGACAAAACUGAAGGUCCCAACACGGUGAUCACAUUCCUGGGUAUUACACUCAAUUCCGGAUCUAUGCAAGCCAGCCUACCUCAAGAGAAAGUAGACCGGAUACUUUCUUACAUAAACACUUGCACGUCACAAGGCACUUGCACAAGGAAACAACUACAGUCACUACUCGGUUCACUAAAUUUUGAUAUGAGAAUAAUUCCUCAGGGUAGGUCUUUCAUUUCCAGAAUCCUCUCACUAUUGCACGGCCUCCCCGACAACGACUCCACAACUUCCCUAAACGAAUCAGCUAGAGCUGAUCUACAAAUGUGGCAGCUGUUCCUAUAAUCUUGGAAUGGCAGGUCGCUAUUUGUGCCACCCAUAUCAGACAAUUCCCCUGUAAUUUGGGCCGAUGCUUCAGGUACAUUAGGGUAUGUAGCCAUUUUCGGUGAUGAGUGGCUAUAUGACUCUUGGCCAGUUGAGACCACCUCACUCGAACAUUUCAAUACCACCUCCGCUCUGUUCGAAAUUUAUCCUAUAGUAGCAGCUGCACACGUCUGGGGUAAAGAAUGGAGUGGACAGUCAGUCAGAUGUUUUUCAGAUAACAUAGCUACCUGUGAUCUAGUUAACAAAAGCCGCUCUCAGUCCCUAACGAUUAUGAAAUUAAUAAGGAGAAUGACCUGACUAGCGGCUAAUCUGCAAUUCUGCAUAACAUGUUUUCAUGUUCUGGGUGUUCAAAAUAACGCUGCUGAUGCUCUCUCACGCUUAAAUUUGCAGGAAUUUUUCAGGUAUCACCCAUCAGCAAAACCGCAACCUAGAGAAUCUCCAGGGUACACAGAACUAAUUAUGCUUUAAGUUCUCUAUUAAAACAUAGUAGAUCUCUCACACAAGCAGGCUUGUCCACUAAUACAAGGAAAGCCUACGGUAGAGCAUACAAGUUGUUUAAAAAUUUUGUUCGUGAUUAUCACAUAAUAAAUGUUUUUUCUGUUGAAACGGUUGUUGCAUUCACAACUUUUUGCCAUAUUUCUAUUAAAUUAGCCUACAACACUAUCAAACUCUACUUAACGGGCAUACAACACUACAUGUUGACCAGCCAUCCCAACAAAACUCCAUUCCUAACGUCCUACCCAGUAGAUAUAGAUAGAUAGAUAUAAAUAUAGAUAGAUAGAAAGAAAUAGAUAGAUAGAUAGAUAGAUAGAGAUAGAUAGAAAGAAAUAGAUACAUAGAUAUAGAUAGAUAGAAAGAAAUAGAUAUAUAUAGAUAGAAAGAAAUAGAUAUAUAUAGAUAGAAAGAAAUAGAUAGUUAGAUAGAUAGAUAGAUAUAGAUAAAAAUAGAUAGAUAGAAAUAGAUAGAAAGAUAUAGAUAGAUAGAUAGAUGGAAAUAGAUAGAUAGAAAUAGAUAGUUAGUUAGAAAGAAAUAGACAUAGAUAGAUAGAUAGAUAGAUAGAUAGAUAGAUAGAAAGAAAAAUAUAGAUAGAUAUAGAUAGAUAAAAAUAGAUAUAUAGAGAUAGAUAGAUAGAUAUAGAUAGAAAUAGAUAGAAAGAAAUAGAUAUAGAUAGACAGAUAUAGAUAGAUAGAUAGAUAGAUAGAUAGAAAUAGAUAUAUAGAGAUAGAUAGAUAUAGAUAGAAAUAGAUAGAAAGAAAUAGAUAGAUAUAGAUAGAUAGACAGAUAUAGAUAGAAAUAGAAAGAAAUAGAUAGAUAGGUAGAAAUAGAUAGAUAGAUAGAUAGAAAUAGAUAGAUAGAAAGAAAAAGAUAGAUAGAGAUAGAAAGAAAUAGAUAGAAAUAGAUAGAUACAGAUAGAUAGAUAGAAAUAGAUGGAUAGAAAUAGAUAGAAAGAAAUAGAUAGACAGAUAGAAAGAAAAAUAUAGAUGGAUAAAAACAGAUAGAAAUAUAUAUAUAUAGAUAAAAUAGAUGUAUAGCUAUAGCUAGAUAUAUAGAAAUAGAUGGAUAGAUAUAGAUAGAUAAAAAAGAUGGUUAGGGAUGGAUGGAUGGUUAGGGAUUGAUGGAUGGUUAGGGAUGCAUGGAUGGUUAGGGAUGCAUGGAUGGUUAGGGAUAGAUGGAUGGUUAGGGAUGGAUGGAUGGAUGGAUAGGGAUGGAUGGUUAGAGAUAAAUAUAGAUAGAUAUAGAUAGAUAAAUAUAAAUAGAUAGUUAGAAAUAGAUAGAUAUAGAUAGAAAGAAAGAAAUAGAUAGAAAGAAAUAGAUAGAUAUAAAUAGAUAGAUAAAGCUAAAUAGAUAGAUAAAGAUAGAAAGAAAUAGAUACAUAGAUAUAGAUAGAUAAAACAGAUAGAUAUAGAUAGAAAGAAAUAGAUAGAUAUAGAUAUAUAGAAAAAUAGAUAGAUAUAGAUAGAAAAAAUAUAUACAUAGAUAUAGAUAGAUAAAAAUAGAUAGAUCUAAAUAGAUAAAUAAAAAUAGAUAGAUAGAUAGAAAUAGAUAGAUAUAGAUAGAUAAAAAAGAUGGUUAGGGAUGGAUGGAUGGAUAGGGAUGGAUGGUUAGGGAUAAAUAUAGAUAGAUAUAGAUACAUAAAUAUAAAUAGAUAGUUAGAAAUAGAUAUAGAUAGAAAGAAAUAGAUAGACAGAAAGAAAUAGAAAGAAAUAGAUGGAUAAAGCUAGAUAGAUAGACAAAGAUAGAAAUAAAUAGAUACAUAAAUAUAGAUAGAUAUAGAUAGACAGAUAGAAAUAAAUAGAUAGAUAGAUAUAGAUAGAAAGAAAUAUAGAUAGAUAAAGAUGGAUAGAUAUAGAUAGAUAAAAUAGAUAGUUAGAGAUAGAUAUAGAUAGAGAUAGAUAUAGAUAGAGAUAGAUAAAAAUAGAUAGAAAGAAAUAGAUAGAUAGAUAUAGAUAGAUAGAAAGAAAUAGAUAUAGAUAGAUAGAAAGAAAUAGAUAUAGAUAGAUAUAUAGAUAAAAAUAGAUAUAUAGAUAGAUAGAUAUAGAAAUAGAUAGAUGGAUAUAGAAAGAAAUAGAUAGAUGGAUAUAGAAAGAAAUAGAUAGAAAAAUAGAAAUAGAUAGAAAGAAAUAGAUGGUUAGGGAUGGAUAUGGAUGAUGGGGAUGGAUGGAUAUGGAUGAUGGGGAUGGAGAGAGUAAGUGUAUGUCUUUAAUUUUUUUACUACUUGUGUGCUUGCAUAGAAACACUAUAUACAGAGAUCUCACUAUAUAUAGUGUUUGUAUACAAACAAAAAGUUUGGCUGAGAAAGGGGGGCUGGUAUAGAAAGCGACCUGAGCUGUCAGUCAGACAGCUCAGCUCGUGAACGCGCAUUCCGCGCACAUGCGCGGUUGAGCACCGAGUUUCUUCAUGGGGUGGCAUUCAAUACCGCUCUACAAAGAACGUGAUUGGUGCAGCGCGAAGCCGCGCAUGCGCACCACAUCGCGAUGACGCUUCUCAAAGAGAAGCGUCCUAUUGGGCCCUGCCAUUUCGUCAUUUUGUCGGCGCUGGAACGGAGGUAAGUUUUAUUAUUAAAAAGUGCUUGGAUUUAUUUUUAACAGCAAGUUCAUAUAAAAGCAAGAAAGAAGGCUGGGGGACCUGUCUUUCUUGCUUUUAUAUGUUGACUAUAGUGUCCUUUUAAUGUAACCUUAACCAAACCUUAUAGAUCUAAUGUGAAAAUAAUCAUGCUAUAUCUACCUAGGGCCUUAUAUAACAAUGCCCACUUGUGAGAUUUUUUUUAUUAAUUUUUUUUAAGAAAGCUGAUCAAUAUAAAUCAGUACAGGCUCACCCAUAGGGGCAGCUGAGACAAAAGCAAAAAAAUAGACUAAAUAAUUAUAAUUUUUUUCCCUCUUCUUUAAUGCAACAGUUUAUUUGUUUGUGUGUGUAAUAUGCAAAUCAUGAAAAAUACAUAAUGUCAUCUUAAAUGGACACUAUAGUCACCCAGACCACUUAAGCUCAAUGAAGUGGUCUGGGUGCCAGGUCCCUCAGGUUUUAACCCUUCAGAUGCAAACAUAGCAGCUUCAGAGAAACUGCUAUGUUUACAUUUGGGGUUAAGCCAGCCUCUAGUGGCUAUCUUCCGGACAGCCACUAGAGGCGAAUCUGCGACGCUGGAGGCAUAUUAUGAGAAAGGCUUUCCUAUGGACACUUUGAAUGCGCACGCGGCACUUGCCGGACAUGCGCAUUCGGCUACGAUGACGUCAGACGGGGGAGCUGACGUCGGCAGGGGAGGAGAGGUCAACAGCACCGAGGGAGUCCGGCGCUGAAAUAAGGUAAGCUGCUGAAGGGGUUUUAACCCCUUCAGUGCCACGGGAGGGGGACCCUGAGGGUGGGGGCACCCUCAGGGCACUAUAGUGUCAGGAAAACCGCUUUGUUUUCCUGACACUAUAGUGAUCCUUUAAAAGGUAGAAAUUACCAAAUAGGUAAUUAUUGCAUACAUUCACACGUAUAACUUAACAAAUCAAAAGCAAACUAAAAACAUUAAAAAAACAAAUUAGUAAGAAAGUAUGAAGUUCCCUUGUGGUUCGCACAUUACAUAUCUGGGGCUCAAGGUAGAAGGUCCCUUUUCUACACGAGUGAUCUACCAGUCACGUCAAAUCAGGAUCAUACAAGUGAGAAACUAAACCAAAUCAGGAUCAUACAAUUGAGAAACUAAACUGUAAAUGUAUCCAAAAGACACUAUAGUGAGUAACAAUAAAAAAAUAAAUAAAAUCAAACAAACAAAUGUCUCAAUCUCACAAGUAUAACACUGAGAUCAUGGUAAGGAUUUGGAUGGGGAAUAUGCAGGUUUGCCUCCACUUCAUAAAUAUUCAGAUGGGCAAGAUUUUAUGACUCAAAUGUAUUCUUUAUUGUAUUUUUAAAGGAAGCAUCUAUGGUAAAAAUAUAUUGUUUCGAAACGGAGGGGCACUUCCAUUCAUUUUUUGUUAUUUAAUGUAAUUUAAUGGAAAAGCAAUAGGGGGGGAGGGGUGUCCUACUGCAGUUAUAUGUGCACAUUUUAUGUUUACUAUGCACCCUUGUUAAAGGAAAGGGACCAAAGAGAGCCAAAUCAGGAGUAAUAGAAAUAAAAGGUAAAACUAUGUGUCUUAAGAUAUUGUGUCACUAUACUCCAAAAUUUUGUAAUAUACGGGCAGUCCCAGAAACAAUGAUACAUGAUACACCAUAACACCUGAAGGGCAUUUAAAAUAAGUCGCUGAUUAUUUCUUUCCCAUUUUAAAUUGUCUAUAUGGUGCAUAAAAGGCAGGAUCUUUCUGCACUGCCGGUGGAUCAGGUGUAGUAAGUUGGCUAUUUCUCUGAUGCCAGAAUUUACAGCAUAUUGCCUCAAAUCUGGUGUAGAAGAGGUCUCUUCACGGUUGAUUUUCGACAGAGUGUUGGAUGGCCGGCGCAGCAGCCAUCUUGUGCACGGCAAGCGAUGCCCGGGGUAUCAAGCUUUCAGGCCACUGUCGGAGGAUAAAGUAACCCAGUGGGGACCGGGAUAUCCCCCACUGGUCCAAAGGGGGAGGGGUGGGUAACGAGUUUGCUGAUCUGUAGCCUUACUGAGCUUACUUUAAUGAGCACUCUGCGAUAGGUGAUUGUCUGCCUUUCCCAACAUUGCGUGCGACGGACACAGCAGGCCUCAGGAUCAGGUGCACUUGGCAACCAGCAAGACGCUUCAAAUCAGGCUCAAUAAGCACGUUUAAGUGAUAGAGUGAUAGAGCUGUUGCAGGUAAAAUAAAUGCUCUGUUGCAGUAUUUCCCACAGCAAUUUAGCUUUUUUAUGGUGAGUCGAUGAGAGCUACAGGAAUACGCGUCUGGCCAUCUUGGCUGCCAGGCCCCACCCCCCAUAAAAGUGAUUCUAUGGGACUAAUGCAUGAUUAAAGCUCUUGGGAGCCAAAAUGUUGCAUGUUUGGUGGUAUUCCUUAAAAAAACUUGAAACAUCAGUAUUACGGAGUGCAGCAUGUGUUUUUUUCUUGUUACAUUGUCCAAUGGAUUUGCGGUGUCCAUUCACACGGAGUACCUCCUGGAUAGAUGGCCGGCUUGUAUAGUGGAGCCUGUGUGCAGAGAAUCUUGUUGCUUUUGGGAUUUUUACAGUCAGCCUCUGAAAAAUCGUGUAUAACUAAACAGACACCAUUUCUUAAUUGUAAGUAGGAAAACCAGGGAUGAGGAAGGUCAGGGAAUCUCUCACAAAUUUCAGUAAUAUUGAGGAUCGUAUGUGAGGAAAGAUUCAUAAAAUGUCAUUUUCCCCUGACUAGCCCACUGCAAGAAUGGCCAAUUGUUAGCACCUCCCUGAAAAUAUGGGUUACUGAUGAUUGGCAAAAAUCAGUAACCCAUAUUAACCCAAUUAGAAAGUGCCCCUAAUUUUUUGUGUAACAAACUACAAGCUUUAAUUGGGGACAACAACAGGGGGUUAGAUUCUACUUGUGGUGGUAAGGAAGAGUGGAGAGUAUGUAAGAGUGACAUAGUGAAAAAGGAUGUGCCAGCCCUGAUUCUUAAUGGACCAUUGAGUAGCAGCUUUCUCCCUUGAUCCAAUCCAUUGCGUAACGUGCCUGUGCCUCUAAAUUGAAAUCUUUGAUAUUUGUCAAAUUCAGUCCACCAAGAAAUUUGUAUUGAUAGAGUUUUGUCAAACUCAAGUUGGCUGCCUUCCCUUUCCAGAGGAAGUGCCACAGUUUUUUGUUGAGAAAAGACUCACGUUUGUUUGACAAAAAUAGUUGCAAAACCUAAAGUGGGUAAAGUAAUUUAGAAAAAUUGAUUAAUUUAAAAAGAGAGUAACGGCCUUCUAUCUAUGUCCUCAGCGGUAGAGUCAAGGAAUGGAGGAUGCUGUGACAAGUGUCUAGGGAUAUGGACACCCAAACAUUUUAAUAUUGAUGCAGACCAAGUCACUUGGAUAAGCAAAGAAAAGGUGUAUACCUGAGGAACCCUUGAUAGAGGGCUAGAGUUUUAAAGGUGUGGGGUAGACUUUUGCCAAUUGAUCGUGAAACUAUCUUACUAAAGGUAGUGAGGAGAUUAAGUAUCUGCAGCAGUGAAAUAUAACUACAUCCCCAAUAGGAAUACCCCUAACCUCCCUUGAGAGCACAAGCUACCUACACCUUAUACUCUAUUGAAAGAGCACAAUCUUUCAUCUAUAUGCUGUACUUGCAGUUUAACUCACAAAUGUACAGACUUGGAGAAAACCCUAUUUAAAAGUAAGUCUUUCUCCAAUCUGUCAAGUCUAUUCUUCAGCUAGUCUAUGCUGAAAAAUUGACUGACAAGGGAGAGGAGACUGUCCUUUUUCUCUUCACACAUAUCUAUAAGUCAAUUCUUGAGCAAGUCUAUGCUGAAAAAUUAAAUGACAAGUGAGACCAGAAGAAACAUCCCACAGACCAUUCUUCUGCUCUCCACACAUACUUGUGGUUGCUACUGCUAGGGUAACGUCCUAGCAGGUGCUAUUAACUAAUAACAAAAUAGAAAAAGCCCAGGAAGAAGAGGACAUGGCGGCACUGGAGUGGAGGUAUGGUGAGUGAUUUUCUCUAUACUUUACAUUGAAUACAUCAUGUAUCUCUGUCAUAUAUGGCGUAUUCAACGCAUAUAGGGGCGAUUUAUGACAGGUUUACUGUAACCAUUGCAAUUCAUUCAUCAAUUAAGCAGAAUUCAAGGAUUAGAAUCAGAAUGAGGUUGUGGAAACCCAAAGUCUCCCGAUAGUAACUGGCGAUUCUGUUUGUCAUGAAAUAAAGAUAUUCUAUUUAUAUGUAUUUUUUAUAUGUGUAGUGAGUGUGAUGAGAUGUGGUGUUACCUAGGUACAUGUGUCUAAAGAAAAUUGUACUUGACUUCCAGAGAAAUGUGUCAAGGCAUGUUCAAUAUUUCCACUAUAACCUGUUUAAUCUCUAAACCUCUAACAUUUCAUUGUAACUAUCUUUAUUCUUUUACACAAACAUACCAUACAGUAGCGUUAAAUAAAUUUACAGCUUAGUUUCUCUGUAUAGUAGCUUUGUUUAUUAACUAUAAAUUCUUCACAUAUCUAACAGUAUUAUUAUAUCUAACAGUAUUAUUACUCAUUUUUUGCAGCUCUUCCAGAGACUUGCAGGAGGUGAUUCUAACAUGGUGUAAGAGAGCCAGGAUGUACACAGCCUAGAGAUACAUACAGCAAAUUUUGUAUUAGUUAUGUAUGAUAAUGAUUCUGAUAACUAAAUCAAAGACAAUUGCUAUCAAGCAGAAAUCCAAGGAAUGAAUAGAACCAGACUGCAAACAGCUUGGAUGUUCUUACACUAAAUAUAGUUUUUUAAUAUUACAUUAUCUAGUUAUUUAAUAGUACACUGAAAUAAAAUAUUAAACACGGUGUACGUUUCAAUGUACUUAUGUACAGUGAUGGAAAAAAGUAUUUGAUCCCCUGCUGAUUUUGAACUUUUGCCCAAUGACAAAGAAAUGAUCAGUCUAUAAUUUUAAUUAUGUACCAUGUACCGUCAAAUCUUGGGUGAGACCCUCGGUCUCUCAGACAGGUCACUGAAAAUGGGUUGUGGAAUGGUAUUCCAGCAUGACAAUGACCCCAAACACACAGCCAAGGCAACAAAGGAGUGGCUCAAGAAGAAGCACAUUAAGGUCCUGGAGUGGCCUAGCCAGUCUCCAGACAUUAACCCCAUAGAAAAUCUGUGGAGGGAGCUGAGGGUUCAAGUUGCCUUAAUGACAUGUAGAGGAUCUGCAAAGUGGAGUGGGACAAAAUCCUUGCUGAGGUGUGUGCAAACCUAAUGGCAAACUACAAGAAACGUCUGACCACAGUGAUUGCCAACAAGGAUUUUACCACCAAGUAAUAAGUUGAAGGGGUCAAAUACUUAUUUCACUCAUUGACAUGCAAAUGAAUUUAUAACUUUUUUGACAUGUGUUUUUCCGUUUUUUUUUUUUUUUGUUAUGCUGUCUCUCUCUGUUAAAAUACACAAUUAUAGACUGAUCAUUUCUUUGUCAGUGGGCAAACGUUCAAAAUCAGCAGGGGAUCAAAUACAUUUUUCUCCCCUCACUGUAUAUGUGCCAUAUUAGAAAUAUGGCUGAAAUACUCUACCAGCGAUUUAUAAAGAAGCAAAAUUAUAUUUUCAUCCUGAGAAAUUAUACCCCUAUUUAUACAUGACAAAACCUUACUGGCCAUAGCAACUGCAGAUUGUUAAAUAAGCUGAAAAAAGACUUGCAUCUCACAUCUGUUUUUGGAACUGAACUGAAGGAAGCAAAAACCAUAGCUUGAAUUGCUUUCCAAUUUUGCAACAAACAACGAAAAUUCUGUCUUGACCCUGGAAUGGCAGCCAGAUUUCUCCUUGGAUAAAGAAGAUGUUACCCCACAUAUUGAAAAUUAUAUCCCUGAAUGCUAUGUUUGUACAAGAAUUCAUCCAGUUACUGGUUAAAUAUCUGUACAGACUCUGAUAAAAACACAUUUUAAGGUAGAGAAUUCUACAUCUUUAUUGUUCUUUCUGAACCCUGUCUUAGACCAAAUAUCCUUUCUUCCAGCCUAAAUGGGUGGCCUCUAGUACUAUGUUAAGUCCUGUUUAUGAAUAAAAUUCCAGAUGCUUUGAAGAAAAAGUGGGUUGAGAUAUGAGACACUAGCUAGUUGGAGCAUUUCGGUCAAGAGAUGGCUUUUUUUAGGAAGAUGUUUAAAAGAAAUAGGAACUACACCACAGGAAAGACAGCAAUUGAAGAUGUUGUUAAGGAUGGCACAAGGGAAGAGAAAUAUGACCAGGAUCAAGGGAAUGAAAACAAAAGGGUAGGUUGUGGGGCAAGGGUAAAACAGUGGGUCAUACAUCUCCUAUUCAAUACGUGAGAUGAAGAACUGAAGGGCAGAAGAACAACAGUGGCUAACAGAGUGCAAUAAAGGAAGUUUAAACUUAAGAUAUUUCUUUACAGGAACUUGAAGCGCUUCUAAUUUUGAAACAAACUACGAAAAAAUUCCUUCUUGAUCCCAAAAUGGCAGCCAGAAAUCUCCUUGAACCAUGAAGCUAUAACCCCACUAAUUAAAAAC